UCAAAAAAUGGGUGCUUAUCGUUCAAAACCGGAAAAAGAAAAAAUUUAUGAAAGUGGAGGAAAUGAAUCUGUCCGUUUUGCUUCUUGCUCAAUGCAAGGUUGGCGUAUACAUCAAGAGGAUGCACACAAUUGUAUUAUUGACUUUAUGCCGAAAAUGGGCUUUUUUGCUGUUUAUGAUGGACAUGGAGGUCCAGAAGUAGCUCAGUAUUUAUCACUUCAUUUUCCUGAUUAUUUAAAAAAUUCGCAAAUUUUGAACAAUUUUGACUCAGAAAAUCUUCCAAAAUUAGAAGAAAUUCAAAAUUUGCUUGGACAGGCUUUUUUACACUUUGAUGAGACUUUGGCUAAUCCAAAUGUUAUGGAAAAAUUGACUGUUUUGAAGGGGGAUAGUUCUCAACAGAAAGAUUCGCCAAAAACUGAAAAAGAAGAGCAGGAUGAAUUAAUGGCAGAGGCAAUAGCUUUAUCAGAAGAAUCAAGAACUAGUUUAGACAAAAUAAUUAAACGUUAUACAAAAUAUCAAGAAUAUCUUAUUAAAAAUCAACCUCCAGAAAAUGUGGAAGGGGAAGUUGAGGAAGAAGAAGUUAUUGAAUGGUCAACUGAAAGAGCUUCUCGUCGGGCGACUAAACGUUCUGUUAUGCUUUUUAAUUCUCCACAAAUUCCGAAGCGUAUAAAAUUGAGUGGACAGUCGGAGAAAGAAAUUGGUGGAUCUUCUAAAAGUGCAUCUUCAGAAACUGAAAAGCCUUCAGAGGAAAAGGAAGCUUGUAUUGAUGAUAUUCCAAUUCCAAUGGAUAAAGAAGAGACAAGUUCAACAAACGGAAAAAUUAACGAAAAAAUUAAUAAAAAUAAUAACGAAGAGGGUAAUGGAAAAAUUGAAGCAGUUCAUUUAAUUGCUGGUAAGGAGGAAGAACUUGUAUUGCCUGCUUUGGAAGAAUAUGUUGUUUCCUCGACUUCAACUACUUCAAAUACUAUUGAUUCUGGUCAAAAAAUUAAAACACCAAAAAAGACAACAAUAACAACACCAAUUAAAGAAGAAAAAAAUCAAAAUAUUGUUGAACAAGUUGAAGAAGGUCCAAGUAGUAGUAGCAGUAGUUUGGACAUUAAUAAAGAUAAUAAACCUGGAAUUGCUCAAUUACUUGAGGGUUUAGAUGAGGGAAAUAUUAAUAAUGAAGAAGAAGAUUCUGAUUAUAAAGUGGAGGAUGAUGAAGGGGAUGUAGCUGAUUCUACUUCUAAUGAAGUUGAGGAUGAGGAAGAGGUUUAUUUUAUUUUUAAGGGGGGAGGAAAACUUUUGGUGAUAAUUUUCGUUCUUUUGGAAGGUCAGGUAGAAUUUUCGGAAGGUGCCCUGCCCUGUAUAUCUCCUCGGUUUCAUUUUACAGCACCUUUUUUUUUAAAUUUAAACGCCUUUUGUUGUCUAUUAUCAACUAUAUAUUACGGAAUUGGUGAAGCUGAAGAUGGAGCUAGUGGUGAAGAUGAAGAAGACGAGGAGGAUGAUUCUCUUGAAGAAGAAGAUUUGAAUUCUUUAAUGAUGAGGACUGGAAGUACUCGUGCUGGUUUUGAUUCUGGUUCUACUGCUUGUGUGGCUUUUUUGCUUGAGAAACAUAUAAUUGUUGCUAAUGUUGGAGACACUCGUUCUGUCCUUUGCCGUUCCAAGAAAGCUUUAGACCUUUCAUCGGAUCAUAAACCUGAAGAUGACUUGGAAAAGGAGAGAAUUGUUGCUGCUGGCGGAAAUGUCAGUUCUGAUGGACGUGUUAAUGGAGGUCUCAAUUUGAGUAGAGCAUUUGGUGAUCAUUUUUAUAAACAAGAAUCUAAACUUCCAUUGAGUUCUCAACAAAUUAUUGCACUUCCGGACAUAACAGUUACUCAAAGAGAUUUUGAAAAUGAUGAUUUUUUGGUUGUUGCUUGUGAUGGAAUUUGGAAUUCUUUAACUAGUCAACAAGUCUGCGAUUUUAUUUUGGAACGAAUUAAUCGUAUUGGAUUAAAAGAAAUUGUGGCUGAGAUUUGUGAUCAUUGUUGUGCAAAUGAUACUGGUGGUGAUGGGACUGGCUGUGAUAAUGAAACAAUAAUUUUGAUUGAUCUCAAAAAAGAAAGGCCAAUAUCUCCACAAGUAACAUCAUCAACAUUAAAUAUUGAACAAGAAAAUUCGAAUCAACAGCAACAACCAACAACAACAAUAAUUUCAACAAAUCCAACAGAAGACCAAUCAGCAACAACAACAUUUCAAAAAGAAUCUCAAAAUUUAAAUGAAAAUGAAAAAAUGGAGGGAGAAGAAAAGGAAGAGAAGGGGAAGUAAUGGUUAAAAUAAAUUUUUUGUUGGACGAAAAAGAAUUUUUGGGAGAAAAGUAAGUAA